CUGCCCCGCGCAGCCCCAGGUGUCAGAUCCCGGUAGCUCACACCUGCCUGGGCCGCGGGGAGGACGCUUUGAGAGCCGGGAGAUGGACGCAGUGGUCUUUGAGGAUGUGGCUGUGGACUUCUCCCAGGAGGAGUGGGCUUUGCUGGAUGCUGCUCAGAGGGAGCUCUACAGAGAUGUGAUGCUGGAGACCUUCAGAAACUUGGCCUCAUUGGAUGAUGAGACUCAAUUUAGGGCUAAUGAGUCAGUUUCUCAGCAGGAUAUUUAUGGGAAUAAAAUAUCUAAGGAAGAUAAAAUAGCAACGUUCACCAGAAAUUCUUGGGUCUCCAUCUUAGGAAAAAUUUGGGAAGAACCUAGCAUUGAAGCUCAGCACACAAACCAGGGGAGAUAUCUGAGAAACCAUGUGAUAGAGAGACUCUGUGAAAGUAAUGAUCUAUGUGGAGAAGGCUUCAGUCAGAUUUCAAAUCUUAAUCUGUACCAAAAAACUCUUACUGAAGUAAAACAGUAUGAAUGCAAUGCAUUUGCAAAAGUUCUCAUGCAUAAGUCUUCCCUCAAGAGUCACAUUGCCACUCACACUGGACACAAAUCAUAUCAGUGUCAGGAAUGUGGGCAGGCCUACAGUUGUUCACACCUAAGAAUGCCUGUGAGAACUCACAAAGGAGAGAGGCCCUAUGCAUGUAAAUUAUGUGGAAAAACCUUUCCUCGAACUUCUUCCCUCAACCGGCAUAUAAGGAUUCAUUCUGCAGAGAAAACCUAUGAAUGUCAGCAAUGUGGGAAAGCCUUCAUUGACUUUUCAAGUCUUACUAGUCAUGUGAGAACGCACACUGGAGAGAAGCCCUAUAAAUGUAAGGAAUGUGGGAAAGCCUUCAGCUAUUCCUCAACUUUUCGAAGACACAUGAUAACACACACUGGAGAGAAGCCCUAUAAAUGUAAGGAAUGUGGGGAAGUCUUCAGCUAUUCUUCAACUUUUCGAAGACAUAUGAUAUCACACACUGGGGAAACACCACAUAAAUGUAAGGAAUGUGGAGAAGCCUUCAGUUACUUCUCGGCUUUUCGAAGACACAUGAUAUCACACACUGGAGAGAAACCCUAUGAAUGUAAACAGUGUGGGAAAACCUUCAUUUAUCUUCAAUCCUUUAGAAGACAUGAAAGGAUUCAUACGGGAGAGAAACCUUAUGAAUGUAAACAGUGUGGGAAAACCUUUAUUUACCCCCAGUCAUUCCGAAGACACGAAAGGACUCAUGGUGGAGAGAAACCCUAUGAAUGUAACCAGUGUGGGAAAGCCUUCAGCCAUCCCUCAUCCUUUCGAGGACAUAUGAGAGUGCACACUGGAGAGAAACCGUAUGAAUGCACUCAGUGUGGGAAAACUUUCAACUGGCCCAUAUCCUUACGAAAACAUAUGAGAACACACAUGAAAGAAAAGCCCUAUGAAUGUAAACAAUGUGGAAAAGCCUUUAAUUUGUCUGCUUGUUUUCGAGAACAUGUGAGAAUGCAUCCUGGAGACAAAUCGUAUGAAUGCAAACUAUGUGGGAAAGUGUUCUAUUGCCACAUAUCCUUACAAAAACACAUGAGAAGGCACACUGCCGAGAAACUUUAUGAAUGCAAGCAGUGUGGGAAAGCUUUCAGUUGGCCCGAACUUUUGCAACAGCAUGUGAGAACACACACUGCAGAGAAACCUUAUGAGUGUAAGGAAUGCGGGAAAGUCUUCAAAUGGCCGUCAUCUUUACCGAUACAUAUGAGAAUGCAUACUGGAGAGAAACCUUAUGAAUGUAAACAAUGUGGAAAAGCCUUCAGUUGUUCCUCAUCCUUAAGAAGACAUAUGAGAACACACACUACAGAAAAACACUGCGUCUGUAAUGCAGGAAGCCCUCCUGCAAAUGAAUUCAUGUCCAGUGCUUCAGAAAAGAUGCACCAGGAGAGAAAUCUUAUGAAAGUUGUAAAUAUGGUGUUGCCUUUAUGAGUACCUCAUCGUGAAAAUGGACCCAUAGGUAGUGUAUUUCUAGUUCUUUUGCAAAUAAACAUUUAGGUGAAAAAUAACUCUCCAAGUAAUCUUAGAGUACACAAAAUUUGCAUGUAGUGUUUUUUCUUGCAUUUCAGUAAACAAAACUUUUAUCUUUAGUUUGUGGACUCAGAUGAUUUGAAGUAUAUUUUCAAUAUGUAAGUGUUUUAUAUUCAAUAUGUAAGUUUUAAUUUCUUCUUUAUAUUGU